AUGAGGAUAAUAUCUAAUUAUUGCCGUAUUUUAAGGGCAAAUUUGGAUAUUGGAGAUAUUGAAGCUGCAGGAAAUAUGGCGAUAAUGGCAAUGGAAUCCAUCAAAAAUUCUAAACAAGCUGCAUACUAUCUAAAUUUUGUUUCCAAAUAUCCAGAAGUAUCAUUAGAUCGCAGCAAACUAUUGCAUAUGCUAUCAAAAUAUCAUAGUUCGGCGUCUAUUAGGGAUCUGUGCCUCAUGGCCAAUGCCAUGUGUAAAUUUAAUAUUUCUGAUCCCAAAUUUACCGAAUACUUCACUCACUUCAUUAAAAAUAAUAUAACAAGUUUUACUAUAAUAGAUGCUUGUCAAUCGCUAUUCUACCUUUCCAAAAUUGGGGAUACCAGUUUGUAUCUUCAACUAGUAAAAUAUUUAGCCAAUAGACAACUGUCAUCGCAUGCGAUCACAUCCAUAAUUACAUCAGCCAGGCAAUUAAGCAUCGAUCCUUGUAAUUAUGGGUUUGUGUUUAAAAAAAUCCCCGCAGUUAUACCAACAUUCUCAUCCAGACAAGCAUCCACUGUGUUAGGUUAUGGCGCAAAAUACCUCAACACUAACUCAAUUGUACAACUAUCUGAUGUGAUUAUCAGAAAUAAAUAUUCCUCCGCCAGGGAUCUGGUAGUGGCACUCAAUGCUCUGGCAGCCAGGAAUAACAGCCUAACAAGUUCUCAAAUUUCAAUAAUAUACCUGAAACUCAAUAGUAUGGAUCUAUCGCUAUUGGAUUGCAUUGGAGUACUAAACAGUUCGUCAAAAAUGGCCGAAAGUCUGCCACGGGAGGCUUUUACCUGCUGUAAACAAGCAUGCAACAUGAUCUUGAAUAAUUUGUCGGAUUAUGCCAUUGAAGAGAUAUCUCACUUACCCCUUGUCGUAUAUAAGCUCAAGUGGCUUAAUACCUGUAAAUUAUUAUCGCAAAUACAUUCACACCUGUUAUAUCAUAUAAACUGUGGCAAUAACUUAGUUCCUCAUUUAUUCGCGUAUUUAAGAGGACUGUCACUUAAUCAUGCCAAACAUCCACUACAACUGCAUGACUUGUACAAGUUUAAAACGGUUCUAUUGGAUAAUUUAAAUACCAUACCUCUUAGAGACUAUGCUGCAACCAUUAACGCAUCAUCUCUGCUAUUCCCCGAUAUGAAACCAAGAAACAUUCAAUUACUGAAAUCUAGUAUCUCUGAACAUGUGGAAUAUGCAACGUUCAAGGAUUAUGCACUGUUGAUGAAAUCAUUGCAACGAUGGGACGCGCUGGAUGAUGAAGUGUUGACAUUAUUCGCCGAAAGAGUUGCUAUUCACAUAAAUUUAUCCGUAAAGGACAAUCCGUCACCUGUAUCCCCUGUAAGUAUUGCUUCACUUUGUAAGAUUUUAUUGGACAAAGGUUACAAGAGUGAAUUUCUAAUAAAUAUUAUGCGACGUUAUAUAAGAAAGUAUUCGGAUCAACUAAAUGAGCAGCAAGUUUAUGUGAUUGGACAAUUUUUAGAACAAAAAAACGCAUAA